CUCUCUCUCACUUCCACUCUUCCCCCCACAACAUGGAGUUGCCUGUGAAAAUGCCGGUUUCCGGCAGCCUGAGAACGCCAUACAGACUUGAAACCAGAAAUUUGUGCUACAAAUUAUCAACCCGAUUCGAUGAGAUGAAAUUCGUGUGUUGCAGGGAGAGCUCGAGGAGAGUUCCGAAAUUCAUUCUGAAGGAUGUGAAUUGUGAAGCAAGGCCUGCAGGGAUCACUGCAAUUGCUGGCCCUAGUGGAGCUGGAAAAACCACACUGCUAGAGAUUCUUGCUGGAAAGAUAUCCCCAAAGAAAGUGUGUGGUGAGGUGCUGGUGAAUGGUCAGCCUAUGGACACGAAAAGUUUUCGCAGAAUGUCGGGCUAUGUCGCACAGGACGAUGCCCUAUUUCCGUUACUUACAGUUGAAGAAACCCUCAUGUACAGUGCUCUGCUGAGGCUUCCCGGUGGGAGGAAAAGUGCUGCAGAUAAAGUGAGGAAGCUGAUGAAGGAGCUCGGGCUGGUACAUGUCGCGGGUUCAAGAGUCGGCUGGGGAUCAAACAAUGGGAUUUCGGGUGGUGAAAGGCGCAGGGUUUCGAUUGGAGUUGAUUUAGUUCAUAAUCCAGCUGUGGUUUUGAUUGAUGAACCAACUUCAGGGUUGGAUUCUGCCUCAGCUUUCCAUGUAGUCUCAUUGCUCAGAACAAUGGUUUUCAAUCAGGGUAAAACUAUUGUCCUGACAAUUCACCAACCAGGUUUCCGAAUCCUAGAGAUGUUCGAUCGCGUUGUUCUGCUUUCAAGUGGAACUGUGAUCCACAAUGGAUCAUUGUGUCUUCUACAAGAAACGCUCAAUUUAGCUGGCCAUCGCAUCCCCAACCAUGUUAACUUGCUCGAAUUCGCCAUUGAUGUUAUCGAGAGCUUGGAGGGUGCACAAACUUCAGAAACCUUGCGCAACCAAUGUUUCCGGCCUCUAGAACGAAGGUUUGUAUGCUCUGGUAUCUUUGCAAAGAAGCUUCCAGUCUACCCAAAUUCGCGUCCCCGGGAAGUUGUAAUACUAGGGCAAAGAUUUUGUAGCAACAUAUUUAGAACCAAGCAAUUGUUUGUCACUAGAGUUAUACAAGCCUUGGUAGCUGGAUUCGUACUCGGAAGCAUUUUCUUUAAUGUUGGAACGGAAAAAGGGAGCUUUGCCUUGCAAACACAAACUGGAUUUUUCGCCUUCAGCCUCACAUUCUUGCUGUCUUCCAGCACAGAAGGCCUACCGAUUUUCUUACAAGAGCGAAGAAUACUAAUGAGUGAGACUUCCAAGGGAGCCUAUCGAGUUUCCUCCUAUGUCAUAGCAAACACCCUCAUUUUUCUCCCUUUCCUUUUGAUGGUUUGUUUUCUGUUCACCGCACCGGUUUACUGGCUAGUCGGAUUGAGGAGGGACAUUGAUGCAUUCCUCUACUUCUCUCUGGUGGUCUGGAUGGUUCUUCUCAUGUCCAAUUCUGUUGUGGCCUGCUUCAGUGCUCUUGUGCCCAACUUCAUCAUGGGCAGUUCCCUGAUUUCCGGGCUCAUGGGAUCUUUCUUUCUCUUUUCCGGAUACUUCAUUUCAAAGGACAGGCUCCCAAGCUACUGGAUAUUCAUGCACUACUUGAGUCUUUUCAAGUACCCGUUCGAUUGCUUUAUGAUAAAUGAGUAUGGAGGAGAGCAGGGAAGGAGAUGCAUUCAACAGAUUGGCAAUGAAGGAUGCAAUCUUUUCGGGGACGAGUUCUUGAGACAGCAGGGUUUAAAAGAAGCACAGAAAUGGAGCAAUUUGGGUGUGAUGCUGGUAUUCAUAAUUGGUUAUAGAGUGCUUUGUUUUCUCAUUCUGUGGUGCAGAUGCUGCAGAAAUAGAAACUAGCUAGCUAGAGAUAUAUAUAUAUAUAUAUAUAUAUAUUUACCUAUAUAUCUGCACAAAAGAUAUACAAUCACUUAUGCAAUUUCUCGUUCAAAUUUUUUUAGGAUGAUCAAACAUUCAAACUAUUGUAUCAUCUUCGUACGAAAAUGUUCAGCUUUUAUGAAAUAUUAACAUCACAUCUUAUAUUGAA